AUGAUGUUCAAAUUAGAAGUAGCAAAACAACAAGCAGCAGAAGCAGAAAAAGGUCAUGAACUUACUGGUGUCGACCUUCUCCGUCCUGCUGCUAUCGGUGGUGGUAUCGGUGCUGUUUCCGUUGGUACUCUGGGUGCUGUUGCUGGUUGUGCUGGAGGUGCUGUUGCUGGUGGUGCUGCUGGUAUUAUUCUCGGUCCUGGUGCUAUUGCUACUGCUGCUGCUGGUGCUGCUGCUGGUUGCGCUCUUGGUGCCGCUGCUGGUGUUACUAUUGGUGGUAUUAGCGGUGCUAUUGUUACUCUUUAUAGGUCUCGUAAAAAAUGA